UUGCCCCGCGAGCGCCCGGGCUCAGUACUAUGGCUGUGUACUGCUAUGCGCUCAAUAGCCUGGUGAUGAUGAAUAGCAGCAACGAGGUGAAGAGCGGCGGUAGCCGGAGCAAGACACCUCCUCCCCGGGGGCAGGUGCUGCAGGUCCCGGAGCCGCACGGCGCCUGCUGCCCCACGCUCAGCCCGGGCGCCGGGAGCCCCGGCUGCCCCCGGAGGAGCUCGACCUUCCUCUUUCCCCCGGGGGAGCAGCCGCCGCCAGAGGAGCCGGGGAGCGCCAGGACUCCCGAGGGCAGCAGGCGGCCCAGCAGCCCGAGCUGGCUGGGAAGGGAAGAGCCGUGGCGGCCCCGCCACUGGGAGCUGCAGAACGUGCAGGUGAACCAGAAAGUGGGGCUCUUCGAGGCGCACAUCCAGGCGAGCAGCUCCGCCACCCCACACCUCAAGAGCCCGCGGCUGGGCAGGAGAUCGCCGACCCCCAUCCCGCCCCGCCGCAGCCGGCCCCCCGGCGGAGACCCACGGGAAGCGCCCAGGAAGGAGGAGGAGAAGGUCCGGACAAGCCCCUUUCCCUGGCCGGCGGCGCAGAGGGGGAUAGCACAGGAUCCAGCAGAGACGGGGAGGAGGCGUGAGUCCCCCGGGGCGCAGGUUUCCGGGGAUACGCAGAGGGGGGGUGGGCACUGUGAAGCGCAGAUUGCCGGGGAGAUGGAGAGGGGGAGCAGCACUCUCGGAGCGCGUUGUACAGAGGAGAUGAAGAGGGGCGGUGGGAUGCCCAGAGAGCUGGGAACGAAGGAGAUGGAAAAGAGCAGCGGGUCCUGCGAACAGGAGGGACCGGAGGAGACGAAGAAGUGGAGCGGGUCCCCCAGGGCUCAGAACUCAGAAGUGAUGGAGAGGGGGAGCAGUGGAGCGCGGAACUCAGAAGUGAUGGAGAGCAGGGAGUGGGUUCACCCAGCGCAGGGCUCGGAAAUGAUGGAGCGGAGGAGCGAGUCCAGUGGAGUGCGGAGCUCAGGGGUGUUGGAGCAAGGUGAGGGGACCCAUAGCGUGCAGGGCUCUGGGGUGAUGGAGCGAGGUGAGGGGACCCACAGCGUGCAGGGCUCUGGGGUGAUGGAGCGAGGUGAGGGGACCCACAGCGUGCAGGGCUCUGGGGUGAUGGAGCAAGGUGAGGGGACCCACAGCGUGCAGGAUUCUGGGAUUAUGGAGCGAGGUGAGGGGACCCACAGCGUGCAGGGCUCUGGGGUGAUGGAGCGAGGUGAGGGGACCCACAGCGUGCAGGAUUCUGGGAUUAUGGAGCGAGGAGAGGGGACCCACAGCGUGCAGGGCUCGGGGAUCAUGGAGCGGGGCAGGGUAGCCCUAGAAACUCAGGGUUCCGCAUCAACAGAAGAGAGGAGCGAGAACUGCGGAUUGCGAGGCUCGGACUCAUCAGCUGCCCCAGAGCAAGGGAGGGGUGAAGAGCAGCAUUGUCCCCUCCGGACUGGCUGCUGGGGGGAGCUCGGGAGUCCGCUGGCCUGGGCUGGCUCUGUGGAGGAGCUGUGCCCAGUGCCUGGGAGCUCCUUGGGAGCAGUGGAUCAAGCCUGUGCCCAGCUGCAGCAGGACCACCUUGGAGACCGUCAGCUGCUGGUGACGGCAGCACUCACAGAACAAAAGGGGAAACCCCCGGGGGAGGGCUGCUGUGGGAGCAGCAUCCCAGCUGUCAUCAUUACUGACCUAGGGGGUCAGGAGGAGGAGGCCGGGGAGAGCCCCCGAGUGAACAUGCCCAUCAGAAAGCUGUCUUCCUCUUCGGCUUCUUCCACUGGCUUCUCAUCCUGGGAAGAGUCUGAGGAGGACAUCUCCAGUGACCCCGAGCGCACUUUGGAUCAAGCCCAGCCCUUCCUGCAGACCCUGGACCAGCACAAACCCAGAGUGAGCAAGUCAUGGCGGAAGAUCAAAAAUAUGGUGCAGUGGUCUCCCUUUGUUAUGUCCUUCAAGAAAAAGUAUCCUUGGAUUCAACUAGCAGGGCAUGCAGGUAGCUUCAAGGCUGCAGCCAAUGGCAGGAUACUCAAGAAGCACUGUGAAUCUGAGCAGCGCUGCUUGGACCGCUUGAUGAAUGAUGUCCUUAAGCCCUUUGUUCCUGCCUACCAUGGGGAUGUGGUGAAGGAUGGGGAGCGGUACAAUCAGAUGGAAGACCUGCUGGCUGAAUUUGACUCCCCCUGCGUUAUGGACUGCAAGAUGGGAGUCAGAACGUAUUUGGAGGAAGAGCUAACAAAGGCCAGAAAGAAGCCAAGCCUACGGAAGGACAUGUAUCAGAAGAUGAUUGAAGUAGACCCCAAUGCCCCGACCGAGGAGGAGAAUGCCCUGCAUGCAGUAACUAAGCCCCGAUACAUGCAGUGGAGGGAGACCAUUAGUUCUACAGCAACACUGGGAUUCAGAAUCGAGGGAAUAAAGAAAGAAGAUGGCACAGUGAACCGGGAUUUCAAGAAGACAAGAACAAAGGAACAGGUCACAGAGGCCUUCAGAGAAUUUACUAAAGGAAACCGUAACAUUCUGAACGGUUACCUUAAUCGGUUGAAGGGGAUCCGUGACACCCUGGAAACAUCGCCAUUCUUUAAAUGCCACGAGGUAAUUGGGAGCUCCCUCCUCUUCAUUCAUGACCAAAAGGAACAGGCCAAAGUCUGGAUGAUCGACUUUGGGAAAACCACACCACUGCCAGAGGGACAAUUCCUCCAGCACAACGUGCCAUGGGUGGAAGGGAACAGAGAGGACGGCUACCUCUGGGGGCUGGACAACCUCAUUGAGAUCCUAAUGGAAUUGUCACAGAGCGAGGACCUGCAUUAAAGCCAUAUGGCCAACUCCACCACUACCCAGCAUCCUGCCCCCCAAACUGACUCUUCUGAACUGCACUACAAGACACUUUCCAAGGCCCCCCCGCCCAUGUUAAAGCUAUAACUUCCCUAUUUAAGGUGGUUUUUAGUUUUUGUACAUAUGUAGAUCACCUGCCAGAACAAAUGCUGAACUUGAAACCUUGGCUUUGCUCUAUAGAUGGGAGCAGAUCGUGUCGCUCGUCGCAGGCGCCUGAGCAGCGAGCAGCUGUGGUCUGGUUGGCUAGGUGAACGCACGCUCUUUCCAUAGCAUUUCUGGCUCUUAGUCAAUCUCUUUUGAACAAGAACGUACGUAGUGAGCAGUUGUGCAGCUGAUGCGCCCUCCAGUUGAACGAAGAUGAUGUCCGAACCCUGAGUUCUGUUGCUCCUGAACUGUGUAAUUAAAGCCCUUCCUGCUAAGUGAAUGACAGAAUUUAUUCAGCUGUAAGGCUCAUCUGUCCUCUAGUGGCUGGUGUUGGUAACACACCAUCCUCAAAGCAGUCAAGGCUUCAUAGCUUUUAGAUUGCCAUUUUAAGUGUCUUAGGGUUUAUGGAAUAAGGAAGACACAGAUUCUGGAGAAGGUGAAGGCAGGGAUACCAGAUUGGGAGCGGUUUAGUUACAUUUAAUAACAUCCUUCGUCCUAGGAAGCUAGAGGUUUGGAAUCCUUAGGAGAUCUAGGUUUCUCUCUCUUCGAGCAACCUUGUUAUCCACUUGUGAUUGUUCCGUUAUUUUCGAGUGGCCAUUGGAAUUGCGAAGUCUGUUCUUGUCAAUAACCAAGUUUGGUGUGACUGUGGCUCUUACUAACCUAUUUGGUGCUGGAUGAUGAGCUUCCCUCUAACCACUGAGGUGGGCUGGCGUUGUCAGCUGUAGAUGUUUAUCAUGGGCCUGUCUUCAAAUUGAAAUCGCCUUUGAGCAACUUAGCAGUAGGGCAAUGUGCUGGCACGUGAAGAUCUGAGACUGAUGCUCAGACCUCCUAGGCCAGCACUGACUGGGAAUACUGUAGAACCAAUAGUCUGAACCAAGACAACAAAGAAGAGAUUUCUCUUCUGUCUCCAGCGAUCCUGCUCCCAUUAUAGGAGCAAAUUCCAGCCCUCCUAACCUGGGAUGGUGGCCUACCAUGUGGCUUGAAGCCUCAGAUGAGGCUGAAGGAGAGUGAAAGUGGCUAUAGGGACCAUUGUGAAACUUUAAAAAGGCUUCAAUGUUGGAGGAUAUUUCCUAGCAAUUAUCAAGUUAGCUGUCCUCUGCGCUGUGUAAGGCUAAUACUGCUAAGUGUGCAGAAAGGGAUGGGAACCCCUGGUAAAUCUGGGUCAGAAGAGAGUUCACAAGGGGAGUGGUCUCCAUUAUUUUUCAAUGCCUUUGAGCAGCUUUUGUAGUAUCCUUGUUACAAGCCCUUACGAUUGGCAAAUGCCAGGCAUACUUAUGGGUUCUUGUAGAACCAGUCCUGGCUACAUCUCAGACAGAAUUGCAUUAACUGAUCUAAAAGGUUUCUUUCAUGUGCAGGGCCGGCUCCAGGCACCAGCCAAGCAAGCUUGUGCUUGGGGCGGUAGAUUCUACGGGGCGGCAUUCCACCCAGUCCUAGGGUGGCACGGCCACAGUUUUGUUUUGUUUUUGUUCGUCAAUCCGGCUGCCCUGUAGAGGGUGGCGGCGCGGAGGAGGGGAGCGCCCUGCAGCAAACUCAGCACGGUAGCCUGUGUCCUUCCCUCCCCCCCACUGGAGCGGUGCAGAACCCUCCUGGCAGGUGGCGCAGCAGUCGAGGUCACGUGGCGAGUGCCCCGCUGAAGCGCUGGCUGCCCCCCUUCUCCCUCUCCUCCCUGCUCCCUCCCCCUCCCCUUCGCUAGCCGGGGCUCGUCUGCAGUGCAGGGAGUCCCCCUGCUCCUUGGCUCUGGCCGCGCCGUGGUUCUCCCCCCCCCACCCCCGUGCUUUGCCGCUCCAGACGUGCCGUGUUUUUUUUUUAACCCGGCUUUGCCGCUGCAGCCGCCCUGCACCCUUGUUUUUGCUUUGGGCGGCAAAAAAGUCAGAGUCAACCCUGUUCAUAUGUGCAAAGAACCUGCCCCUAGUGGUGUGCAUUUGAGAGCUCUUAUAUCUACAGCAGUAUAUGGAGGGAGUUAGGGCAGGGAGGCAGCUCUCAAGGUUAUCGCCUCAGUUUUACUGGUAAGACGCAAGGAUUUAAGGCAACCCCACCUUCCACACACACACCUUCCUUGUUACCCACGUAGCUCACUAAAUCCAGCUCUGGUUUUCACAAAUAGUUCCCUAAUCUGCUCUACCUAAAUUGGAUGUAGACGUGGCCUUUCUGUUUCAAGGCUUGUGAAAACAACCAGUUCUCUAUUUAGGGUGGAGGCUCAUUUUUAGCUUCCUGGAACAUUUGAGCUAAGCAGCAUGCUUGCAGCAGAGUUAGCUUGCUAAAGGUCAGAUAUUGACGUGGGAGGGGAAGGCCGUUGGUGCCUCUUGGUCUUCCUGGAGAGCUUGGAGUUCUCCAGAACUUAGGACAUAAGGACAGUAUUGAGCUUGGAUCAUGAACAAUCCUGCAGUUUUUUCUCCAUGAAUAACACAAGCUAGCUAGGAGUCUGGCAGAAGUUAUGAACCUUUCUCUCCCCCUACCCCCCAACUCUGAAAGACCAUUGUCUCAUCUCUUUUCCCGGUAGUGAUGCUAUCAGCCUGUUCUGCAAUAAUUAGAUGAGUGCAACUUUCUUUGUCUGGAAGGAACCCUCACUGUGGCACUAGGUGUGUGUGUGUGUGUGUGUGUGUGUGUGUGUGUGUGGCUGGGGGAGGGCGCAACUCGGUCAUCUGUUGUUCCCCAGCCAUGCACAAGUCUCUCUUAUGGAGGUUAAAAUCUCGUCAGACUUUCUCAGUUCAUAUCUCACCAGGCACAGGUCUGUAGUUCUGAGCGUACAGUUGUAAAUGGUUGCACUGUUCAGCUUUUUGCCCAGGUUUCCUAUGCUGCUUAGAGUAGCCCCUGUGGAAGUGCCUUACGAACUUGCCCCUAUUCCAUUAGUGUCAUGGAAAAGGUUUUUAAGUUAUAUUUAUUUUCCUUUCUUUUUAAUUGCACAAAACACUACGACUUAAUGCAUGGAAUCUUUUUUUUUUUUAAAAACAACCCUGUAUUUUUAGUUUUUAAAAUGUCCUUAUCCAGCUUUGGGGAAAGGGCUUUAAGCAGCAGCCUAGAUAUGUACCAGUUUAGCUGUAGUUUAGCUUCGCAUUGCUCCUGUAUAUGUAUAUUAUUUUAAAGUCUGUUUUGUAAACUCAAUUCCUUGCUUUGUGGCUUCGAAAGAAGCAGAUUGUUUCCCCGGAUGUCUUAUGCCUUCCUGGAGGCUGGAACUGUUGCUGUGAGGUAUUCCUUGCCCCCUCCCCUUGGUCACUGGGUGAUGCAGAGUAAAUCUGAACUGUACUGAAACACCAACGCACAGUGGCUGUAAAGAGCCUAUAACUUCCAAAUAAAGGCAUAUGAAAACCA